UUAUCCAUUUUCCAAUUGGGUAUAUUUUUGCUCCCCAAAGAAAUGAGUCAAAAAUCCUUUACUACAGAUAAAAAGAGUCGGAAGAAGAAGAAGUUCCCAUCCCCAAGCCGAGCUAGGUCAAUCUCCCCUCCGCGUUCCGCCGCCGCACUUGUCGACCGCGACCUAUUGACGGAAGACUUCUCGCCGGAAAAUUCGAAUCCGAGGAGCUUCCCGCACAGCGUGAAGCAGCAAUGUUGGGACAAGGCAGAGAAAAUCAAGGGGCGCGACCCGGAUAGGUGGCGCCGUGACCCGUUGGGUAAUACUGUGUUCAGGAAGCUCGUGGGCUGCCCCGGCUGCCUGUGCCAUGAUUACGACCACAUUGUUCCUUACUCUAAGGGAGGAAAAAGCACAUUAGAAAACUGUCAAGUGUUGCAGGCAACUGUUAAUAGAUCAAAAGGAAACCGGACUGAGAUAUCGAAAAGCGAUCUUAUUCAGAAGAGUGCUUACUGUCGUGUGUCAGGUCGCGAUAUGGACCUUCUUGAGCUGUCAGCCUUUGGUAAUGUUCGUCGUGGGCAAGAUUCUGGCGGAUGUAAAAUUCAAUAAUUGCCUUAUUCGUCGACAAUACAUACACAUUGGCUGCGAUAUUUGCUUCAAGUGACAAGAAAUUCGUAUGCAGAUGGUUUGAUGAAUUUAACGAGCUUCUAUUGGUUUUAAGCUUUAAGGUACGUAUUCUUGUGACCAAAAAAAAAUAUUCACUUCAAAACACAGCUCGACUGUAUGUGGGUCCCGCCGGCAUGUCCAUAAGUCGAUAGACGAUUAGGGAAAUAAAAAAUAUAAAAAAUCUGAACCAUUAGAAAAAGAUUGCAUUGUAUUUUCUUGUAUUAGUGGUGGUACUUAAUUUCACUUUUCUUGUGAUUUGGUUAAAUCGAAUAUGAACUGGACGACAUUGUCCUUGUACCGUUUUGUGUACGUUAAUCGACGCAUGUCGUUUUCAAUGUUGAUUUUGACCUAAUUCCUAUUCGAAUUUUGGAAAAUGUAAAACAUGAAAGUUGUAGA